AUGGGGGACGAGGACGGAGAAGAUGUUUGUCGUGUUUGCCGCUGUGAGGGUACUGAGGAACAACCUCUUUUUCAUCCUUGCAAAUGCGCUGGAAGUAUUCGAUUUGUGCAUCAAGACUGGUAA